CUUUUUUUUUUUAAAAAAAAAAUAAUAAUUUUUUUUUAGAUAAUUUAUUGAUAAUUUUUUUGACUUUUUGUAAGGGAUUUAUAUACAAAUUUAUAUACAAUACAAAUUUAUAAACAAUGGCCGAUUGUUCUGACCCUGAAAUUCGUGAAGCAUAUGAUGAAGUACGGGAUGAUAAAAAUCCAACAAAAUGGUUACUUCUUCAAUAUGCAUCAGAUAAAUCCGAUAAAUUGGUGCUAAAAUCAAAGGGAACAGAAGGAUUAAAAGAAUUUGUUGAUUCACUAGAUGAGAAUCAAGCAGCAUUUGGUUAUGUAAGAAUUAAUGUAUCAAAUGAUGAAUUAUCUGUAAGAACAAAAUUCAUUUUUGUUACAUGGAUUGGAAGUGGUGUUAAAGUUAUGAGAAAAGCCAAAUUAUCUGUACAUGUUAGUGAUGUAAAAAACAUUCUUCGGGUAUAUGCUAUUGAUGUUAAUGCUCGUGAUAAAUCGGAAUUUAAUGAGGAAGAAAUUCUCGUACAACUUAGAAGAGCUGGUGGUGCAAAUUAUGAUAGACAAGCUCACGAUUAUUAAAUAGAGAUU